GAGAUACUGGGUGUACACAUUGCGGUACGUCAAUCGAUGGGUUUACUCGUCUAUAGCAACACCAGCCUCUCAUCAACGACACAAUGAAGCAGACCAUAGUAAUUAUAAAUUAUGCCAAAUAUUGAAUCAUAUACUGACGCAGAAUUCAUUAACAAACCACACAGCGCACAGCAGGCUGUUGAUGUAAGACAGCGUUAGACUAAGACCCGAGUUCUACUGGGACUACCCUGGACUGCCAGUCUUACCCCGUACUGCCAGCCUCACAGGGCUAAUCCAGCACAGGCCAAUAGUGUCAGGAGCGUGUUACUUCACACUCAUCCGUCACAAGUGUGUGUAGUAAUAUGUGAAUCAGGGAUUUACGUGUGUACGUGUAUCGGGUACGGAUAUACUGGACCAGGACAGGUGCGAAACCUAUUAACACAGACAUGUCUGUAACCAUACCAAGCGGAUGUAGCAGAGGGCGCUCUCUGACAUCAGACACUUGAUGGAUUAACCCUAAGGAUAUUCCAGAUGACAUCAGACUAAAAUGUCCAAGAUCAGUCAGGAUAUCAGGAUCGAAAAUGACGUGAAAUAUGGAGCAACAGCCAAUAACAAUGAGGAUGAUUUGGAAGAGGAGGAAGCGGAAGUGGAGGUUGUCAGUGGAGAUGGGAAUAUUUUAAUUCUCAAGGUCAUCACGGUCGUUAGCACGUGCAUUGCUGUUACUCUGCUGGCGACCGUGGUUGUCCUUGGAGUAUUUUACCAGAGAGCACCAGUAUGUGAUCAUGGGCUUCCACACAUUCCAAAUAAUCUGGAAAAACCAGAGAUUUUUGACGAACUGACGGUGGAAGAGUUAGAAACUGUCAGAGAUUACUUAAUUUCCAGGAGAGAAUUAAAUCUUGUGUCAUUUGACGCAGCAACUAUUAACAGCAGUUAUAUCUAUAUGAUAGAUUUACUUCUUCCACUAAAGGCAGCUGUUCUAAAGAAUUUGGAUCGUGGUGGACGACAACCUGUUCGAACAGCCAAGGUCGUAAUAUUCCGCGGUGAUCUGCGUCCUCCUCGCGUGGAGGAAUAUCACGUCGGACCGAUUCCCCGACCUACGUAUGCCCGUCUCGUCACAAAUCCGUCAUACACUACGUCGCGUGUGCCAUUCAGCGCUCGCCCAGUCAGUGAAAUAGAGUACAAAGCUCUUUACGAACAUCUAGAACAGACAAGCGAGGAGCUGUACUUCCUUCUACGAGACAGUUACAGUUUGGCCUAUCACAAUUGUACACAAGGUGUGGAUUGUAUCAUAUUUAAAGAUACAGCCCCAAGAGGGUUGAAGAGCGGAGAUCGUAAGACAUGGUUCUGGGCCUUUCGUGAUAUAGAAGGCUCGGCACUUCAUCCUCUGGGAUUAGAAAUCCAGAUAAACCAUGAGUCAAUGGACAUCACAAAAUGGCAUAUAAGUAGGAUUCUGUACAACGGCUUCCUCUUCUACUCCGUCGAAGAGUUGAUGACAAAAUAUUUAGAUAAUCGAAUUACGAAAAUUGCGAUCGAUCCGGUGGGCUUCCAAGAACAUCUGUAUUCCUCGUAUGUAAAAAGAGGAAAGACAAACGCAGUGCCUUCUCAAGGUCCGAAAUUGGUUGAGCCAAACGGAAGGCGAUACAUGGUGGUAGGUAAUCAUAUAAAGUACAUUGACUGGGAUUUUCACGUGCACAUGAGAUCGUCGACUGGCCUGCAGAUCUUUGAUGUCCGAUUCCAGGAGGAGCGUAUUGCUUACGAGAUCUCCUUGCAAGAUGCCGUUGUUAUGUACUCAGGUUUUGGACCAUCACAAAGUUCUACUGUCCAUUACGACACGAGCAUGUUAAUGGGUAGAUUGGCCUUUGAGAUGGUACCUGGUGUUGACUGUCCGGACACUGCAAUCUUUUUAGACACUCAUCAUUUUGUUGAUACUAGUACACCAAGGAAAUUCAAAAAUGCUAUUUGCAUAUUCGAAAAUAAUGGCGGAAUUCCUUUGCGACGCCAUUACGAGAGUGACAGACGAGGGGGCUUCAAAAGUUAUGGUGGACUUGUAGACUACCAUCUUAUAGUAAGAACUACUGUAAGUAUUUGGAGUUAUGAUUUUAUAUUCGACUAUAUAUUUCAUCAAAAUGGAGCGAUAGAAGUGAAAGUAACACAGACUGGUUAUAUACAAUCAACGUAUGCCUUACCGUAUGAGUCGGCGUUCGGGUAUAAAAUACACGACUUCGUUAUAGGGACAUUACAUCAACAUUUAUUUCAUUUUAAAGUGGAUCUGGAUAUAAACGGACCAAGAAACAGAUAUGCAACAUUAGAUACGUCGGUAAUUACCAAGCCGAGCCAGUGGUACAGGGAUAUAAAUCAUACCUAUAUAGGAUUUGAGAAAGUAGACAGAAAACGGGAGCAGGAUGUCAUAUACGAGACCGGUGAAAAGUCGAAACAGAGAUUCGAUAUCAUAUACAAUAGGUACGCCACCAGCAAAUUUGGCUCAAAGCGAGCCUUUAGAAUAUUUAACUUAGCAAUGUCGGACCUUCUGUUGGAGGACGCCGAUGUUGCUAACGCUGCAAGAUGGGCCAAGUACCCUAUUGCUGUGACACAAUUCAAGGACACUGAAGAGAUGUCCAGUUCUAUUUACGCCCAGAAUGACCCCUGGCAACCAGUAGUGGACUUUGACAGAUUUCUGUUGAACAAUGAGUCUAUUGUAGACGAAGACUUAGUAGCCUGGGUAACGAUGGGGCGAAUUCACAUUCCACAUACAGAGGACGUACCUUCUAACUCGAUCACUGGAAACCAAUAUACGUUUUUCUUGUUACCAUUUAACUAUUUUACAGAGUGUCCGAGUAUCGGAUCGCCAAAUGCGGUACGGAUUCGACCGGCUCUGCCUCCUGACGGUAACAAGGUUGACACAUUCGGUACUUCGUUCGAGUCCACGUGCGUGCAGGAUUCUGUGGGCCCGUUCGAAUACAAUGGACGCUGGGACCACGUGGCCAAGGACGAUGAUUAGACAUUUUUAUUUGAUCUCUUAUACUUAUUUUACUAUAUAUUUAGUAAUAUUAAAACGCCCAAAAACCUU